UGUGUCACAUGACUGCAUGUAGAAAAGCCGAGAGUCAUGUGAAACAUUGAGCAUUGCGAGCUAUUUUCCCCUCAAAGCACGCCACUGAAGGUUUAUUAUAACUAGUUUUGUAAAGCAAAAUGGUGCCAAACCCGUUAGAAACUAGUAGUGGGGUUGUUUUAAUAAAAAAAGCAGGGCUCUGUUUGUAAUAGCAGUGCAGAGUUGAGCACAAAGCGGUGCUUUUAGCAGCUUGCUAAGAUAAUUUAGUAGGUUAGUUAGCACACAGUUAACUAAUGGCAGGCAAGAGUAAGAAGAGUGAAGCUAAUUCAGCAGCCUUUACAUUAUGCGUGGAGCCUGACAGUGGCAAGCAGCAAGCUCAGGUCAGAGUGGUGUCCCAGUCUAAAUGGCAAAGUUGGAUAAGAAAAGUGACUCUGCUAGUACCGUACAUGUGGCCCCGGUCGAGCGCCCCACUGCAGGCUCUUGUCUUCCUGUGUGUCUGCCUCCUGGGCCUGGAGAGACUCAUCAAUGUGUUAGUGCCCAUCUACAGCAAAAACAUAGUGAAUCAGUUAUCAGAAAAGGAGAAUUGGAGAAGCCUAGCAAUCACUGUGUGUAUCUACGUCCUUCUCAAGUUCCUACAGGGUGGGGGAGCAGGGACAUCAGGUUUUGUCAGUAACAUGCGUUCUUUUCUGUGGACACGUGUUCAGCAGCACACCAGUCGCACGGUGCAGCUGGAGUUGUUUGCCCACCUGCAUGCCCUGUCUCUGCGCUGGCACCUGGGCAGAAAAACGGGUGAUGUCCUGCGCAGCAUCGACCGUGGCACAGCCUCCGUCAGCCACCUAUUAGACUAUAUUGUGUUCACCAUGCUGCCAACUAUAGCCGACAUCAUCAUUGCCAUCAUUUACUUUGUGUCUUAUUUCAACGCCUGGUUCGGCCUCAUCGUCUUUAUCUGCAUGCUCCUCUACCUCACACUGACUAUAAUCAUCACAGAAUGGAGAACCAAGUACAGGCGUGAAAUGAACACGCAGGACAACAACGCCAAGUCCAAGGCAGUAGACUCGCUUCUCAACUUUGAAACUGUGAAGUACUACAAUUCAGAGAAUUAUGAAGUCAGGCGCUUUGAGGAUGCUAUAUUAAAAUAUCAGACCUCAGAGUGGAAGACAAAUGCCUCUCUUGCCCUGCUAAACCAAACCCAAAACUUGAUCAUAGGCUCUGGUCUGCUUGCUGGAUCUCUGCUCUGUGCCUACUUUGUCACAGUGGACCAGUUCCAGGUUGGAGACUAUGUUCUGUUUGGGACCUACAUUGUCCAGCUUUACAUGCCUCUCAACUGGUUUGGCACAUACUACAGGAUGAUCCAGGCUGCAUUUGUAGAUAUGGAGAACAUGUUUGAGCUCCUAACUGAGGAGAAAGAGGUGAAAGACGAUACGAAUGCAGCAGAUCUGCUGUGUACUGAAGGGAGAGUUGAUUUCCAUAAUGUAUGUUUCAGGUACACUGCAGGGAAAGAAAUUCUCAGAAAUGUCUCCUUCACAGUGAUGCCCGGUCAAACAGUAGCCCUAGUUGGACAAUCAGGGUCGGGCAAAAGCACCAUCAUCCGGCUGCUUUUCCGUUUUUAUGAUGUGCAAGAAGGCUGCAUCCUUGUUGAUGGUCAGGACAUCUCAAAGGUGAAACAGAGCUCUCUCCGUUCUUACAUUGGAGUGGUCCCUCAGGAUACCGUUCUCUUUAAUGACAACAUCCAGGAGAACAUCCGGUAUGGAAGGAUCAGUGCCACUGACCAGGAAGUGGAAGAUGCCGCCUUGGCUGCUGAUAUCCACCAUAGGAUUCUUUCCCUUCCAGAUGGAUAUGACACUCAGGUGGGGGAGAGGGGCCUCAAGCUAAGUGGGGGUGAGAAGCAGAGAGUGGCCAUCGCUCGCACCAUCCUCAAAGCCCCCCGAAUCAUCUUACUGGAUGAGGCCACUUCUGCUUUGGACACACAAACAGAGCGCAAUAUCCAGGCCUCGCUUACCAGAGUGUGUGCAAGCAGGACAACUAUUGUGGUGGCACACAGGUUAUCCACUAUAAUCGCAUCGGACCUGAUUCUAGUCCUGCAUGAAGGCCAGAUUGUGGAACGUGGAAGACAUGAGGAGCUGCUGGCCAUGCGGGGGCCAUACUCAGCCAUGUGGCAAAAACAACAGCAGCAGCAGGAUCUAGAACCUGGUGCAUCCUCACAUACAGAAACAAAAGAGCAGCAAGAUGGAGAAUGACUGAGGUCCAGGUAAAAGUGAAGGAUCCAAAGAAUGAAAUAUAUCAGGUGUGAAGAAGAAAAUGUUCAACAGAACUUCAUUAGCAUUCACUGCUGGGGACAAGCUGGUAUUUUAUUUAAAGGAUUUAAAGUUUAAAUCCUUAUAACAUGCUGAUUAAAUGUGUAAGACAUUUGCAUUAAGUAAAAUACAAACUCAGUUGUGUGCUUUAAUCUCUGCUUUCUCAGGGAACCAUUUUUGUUCAUUUUACCAAACUGGUGCCAUCUAUGGUGUACCUAUGAAUUGCCUGUGAAGUAGCGCUCAUCUAUUAACAAUUGUUAUCUCUGCAAAAAUGUCUUGUGAGAGGUGAAGUACCACCUAGAUGGGUAUUUGUUUGCCUCGUGAACAGUAACAGAAGUAUCUGCGCUGUCGCUAGAAAGAUUUAAACCCUUUGCAAUAUUCUGUUUUUCUCCAUGAAUUUGACUUGAAAUGUGAUCUGAUCUUUAUGUAUGUCCUAUAACUAGAUCAACAGAACCCAGUGAAACAAAUGCAAUCGUCAUAGUUAUUACACGUACAUUUAUUGAGCAUUAUUUAUCCAUGAACCUUUGCUUUCAGUAACUGGUGUGACCCAGUUUAUCAGCAACUCCUACCAAAUGUUUCUGGAAACUGGUGAACAAUCCUGCACAAUGGGUUGGAGGAUUUUUGACCUAUUCCUCUUGAAUAACUGCUUAAACUCAGGGCUUCCUUGCACAAAACUACUCUUUUUAGGUCCUUCCACAACAUUUCUAUUGAAUUAAGGUCUGGACAUAGACUUGGCUAUUUCAAAAAUGUUAAACUUCUUUAACCAUUUCUUUGAAGAUUUACUUGUAUGCUUAGGGUUGUUGUCUUGCUUCAUGUCGCACUUACAUUUAAGCUUCAGUUGACGGAUACCCUGGCGUUCUCUUAUUCAACUUGCUGGUAAAAUCCAGAAUUCAAAAGUCCAUCAAUAAUGGUAAUCUGUCCUGGAGCAGCGGCAGCUAAACAGCCAAACGUGAUACUGCCACCACCAUGCUUUACAGCUGGGAUAAGUUAUGGUAGAAUGCGCUGUCAGGAUUUUUGCAAAAAAUGAUGCUUUUUGUUUAAAUGAGAAGAAUCUAUUUUGGAUUCAUCUGUUCACAGAAGAACUAGGUUUCUGGCUAAUUGACAUGGUUUUAGCAGACUUUAGAUGGGGUGCAGUUUUCUUUUUGGAUAGUAGUGGCAUCCUCUUUGCUAUGCAAUUUAUGCUCUUGAAACAUUAGAGGGCCUUCUAAACUCACACCUGUUUGCUGUCCCCUUAUUGAAACUUCAUUACCCCUUUCAAUAAACUCAUAGUCCUAGAGGUUCACAUACUUUUUCAAACAAUGUUGCAUAAUUUUUCUCAAUAAAUGAAUGUAAAGGCGAUAAUGGUUUGGCCUAAUCGUUCAGUUGGGAUCUGUUUAUCAGGUUUGAAGACUUAGAUGAAGAUGUGGCCACAUUUCAGGUCAAACAUUUUCAGAAAUACAGAAAAUUGUAAAGGGUUAAAAAAAACCUUUCCAGCAGCGCUGUAGUUUGAGAUGAAUGAAGAAAAGGGACACGGUUAAUAAACAACAGAAUUUAUAAGAAAAUCAGUGUUUUACAGACUUUGGUUUACUCCUGUUGUUUCACUGCUGCUAAUGUAAUACAACUCAAUGUAUUUUUUAUAAGACAU